AUGCUUAAUACUUGUGUAAAGUUAUAUUCUCAUUUUAAAGUUAGACCUUGCUUUAUAAAUACUUACUUGGGUCGUACAAAUCAAGUGGGUCAAACUAUACACAAUACGUGUGCCGUAAAGUUUCCGCAAGCAGUCACUCUUAAAUUACCAAAUAAUGUAGUCGAUAUAAAUGCAGCUGAAAUGGGAAGAUUUUCUCCUCUGAGAGAAAGGGAUAUAUCAGGGCCUGUAAUUAAUGUAUAUGGAUAUAAACAGGCCUUCCGUGAUAUUGACAUUACUUUGCAAAGUGAUCCACAUAUUAAUAAAUACGACUGUCGAGGUGCAGUGAGCCUAUCUUCAUCCAUGCAGAGUAAUGUGCCUAGCCCCUUUAGUGGCAGUCAUACUCAUCUCAAUAUGCCAGGGUCUCAAUGGGGCCAAGGCUACAAGUAUUUGUCUGACCACCUGCAUAGUGCUCAUUACUUGACACUGAGAAAUGAAUAUCGAGGAAAACUCUAUAACAAAGCUGUCACAUUUGGAACACGCAAUAUGAGCUCAGAAGCGCAACCGACAAUUACUGCAAAAGAGAAACUGAAAAAGGCUGUGAAAGAGUAUGGUUCUACAGUCAUUGUAUUUCAUGUUUUUAUUUCAUUACUGUCUUUGGGAGGCUGCUAUGUCCUUGUGUCUAGUGGUGUUGACAUGGUAGCAAUUUUGAGAUAUUUUAACAUAAAUGAAAGUACACUCUCAAAAAUAGCAGUAUCAAAUGCUGGGACCUUUGUAAUUGCAUAUGGUGUACAUAAAUUUUUUGCUCCAUUUAGAAUAGGAAUCACACUAACAGCUACACCAUUUAUCGUUCGUCACUUAAGAAAAAUUGGCAUACUGAAACAAAAUAUUACGUCCGGUGGUGGUAAAUAA